AUGUUACAGAAGGCUAACGGUGAAUCGACUUUAUCAAAAACUCGUGCUUAUAAGUGGUACAAAGCGUUCAAAAGCGGUCGAGAUGUGAUAGAAGAUUUGCCUCGCUCUGGUAGGCCAUCAACGUCUGCAACUGAAGUUAACAUCGCAAAAGUGAAGGAAAUAGUGACUGAAAAUCCUCAUUCAACUUUGAGAGAGAUAGCCACCGAACUUUCUGUAUCUCACGAGUCGAUUCGUACCAUUUUAACUAAUAAUUUGGGUAUGAAACAUGUUGCCGCUCGGCUAGUCCCAAAAGACCUGAAUUUUUUCCAAAAACUCAAUCGCAUGAGAGUCGCUGAGGACAUGCUAGAACGAGUAAAUUCCGACCCAACAUUCAUGAAACGCAUUGUUACUGGUGACGAGACGUGGGUUUAUGAGUUUGACAUGCAAACUAGUCAACAAGCUUCGGAGUGGCGCCUUCCAACUGAACCGAAACCGAAAAAACCACGCCAAAGUCGUUCAAAAGUCAAAGUCAUGUUGACUAUUUUCUUUGACUAUCGCGGUGUUGUGCACUCGGAAUUCUUGCCGGAAGGUCAAACGUGUCUGGACUAUCACGGUCUGGGCAUCGGAGUCAACGGCAACUUGAACAUCAUCUUCAAGCUGCUCGGACUCCGCUCGCACAAUGGGACCGUUGUACGUUAA